CAGUGAAGUCUUCUUCUGUAACGUGUGUGCUUUUAUUUUGAAGGCAGGAUGCUGAAGCGACGCGCCGGAAGUGUUGUGCCGUGUUAGUAUCGGUUAGCAUCAUAGACUGUAUGGUUAGCAUGUAGCAUCCCUUCCUGUCUGUUAGCAACGUUAGCUUCUCUUAAUCUGAAUAACCGUAAACAAGUGACAGCCACCAGCCUCCUUCAUGGACCGGAGUCCCUGCUGACUUUCCCCGCUGCUGAGCUGCGAACAUGGCGGCCAAUCCUCCGGGACCAGGCUUUCCGAACAAGACCCGUGUGGCCAUCCUGGCGGAGCUGGACAAGGAGAAGAAGCGCCUGCUGCAGAGCGGGUCCAUGAACAGCCCCGGAGCCAACAUCCCGCUGUCGUCCAGACCGAGCCUGAAGGACGCGAGGGACAGCGCCGAGCAGCAGCACAUCGCCGCCCAGCAGAAGGCGGCCCUGCAGCACGCUCACGGACACUCGUCCGGCUUCUUCAUCACUCAGGACUCCUCGUUCGGGAACCUCAUCCUCCCGGUGCUCCCCCGCCUGGAUCCCGACUCCUGAGUCUUCAGUGUCCCGACAUAUACUGACCUAACCCGGGCUUCGUGGACACUGAGGAGAAAAAACUCACAUGCAAAUGCUCCCCCGUUGUUCUGUUACUCUUUUAUAAGAUGUGUGUCCUGUGUGUGAUUUAUGCAUUAAAGUAAGUGAUUAAAAUGAGGCAUUUGAA